CCAGCCUUUGUGUUUCCCGCACCCACGUCGCUCUGCACGCAGUGGGCCGCAGGGGGUGGGCCGGAGGGGAGGGUUCCCGCCCUCGCUCCGGCUCCCGCUACGCGCGGGGGCCGCUCCCGAGCAAGUGACGCUUAGCGGGCGCGCGCGCGCGCGGGCGGCGCUGGGAAGCGAGCGGCGCGGGCUGCUCCACGACCCCUCGGGCGCCGCGAGCUCCAAGGCCCGUGGCCGCCUGGGUUCUUAGUGCCCUGCUCCCGGAAUUGCCACGCCUCUGUUACAGCCUGCGCGAAAUGUACUUUGGGUGGUUUUUUGGCAAUAACUGUGCCAAACCCAAAUUAUAUUUUCCAGUGUGUCUGGGAGGAAACUUGAGGAUGCUCCUCUCCUUUGUCCUUUCCCGAGGAUUCUCCCAGCAUUUUUUUGCGGCUUCUGCCUUCCCAUCCAUCUUUUCAUCUGUUCAUGACUGAAAUCCAGAGUCCUUAAGGUCCAGACCGGUCUUGCUCUUCGCAGGGCCUCAGAAGCAAAUGGAGCCGUGGAGUGAGCAUUGCCGUGGGUUAGUGCGUGAGCUUGACGUAGCAGCUGGGCUUCAGCUCUGAAUCUCGUUCUAGCCUCCUUUUCUCUGCUUGCCUUUGUCAGCCUCAGAGGGUGAUUCUGAGAAAGAAAGGAGCUAGUAGGCUUCUAGACAAGCUGCAGGAAUUCCGGGGAUUACUCCAACUGAAGAAAAGGAUGGUAAUCUUCCAGAUAUUGUGAACAGUGGAAGUUUGCACGAGUUCCUGGUUAAUUUGCAUGAGAGAUAUGGGCCUGUGGUCUCUUUCUGGUUUGGCAGGCGCCUUGUGGUUAGUUUGGGCACCGUUGAUGUACUAAAGCAGCAUAUCAACCCCAAUAAGACAUCGGACCCUUUUGAAACCAUGCUUAAGUCAUUAUUAAGGUAUCAAUCUAGUGGUGCAAAUGUGAGUGAAAACCACACAAGGAAAAAAUUAUAUGAAAGUGGUGUGACUAAUUCUCUGCAGAGUAAUUUUGCUCUCCUGCUGAAGCUUUCAGAAGAAUUAUUAGAUAAAUGGCUCUCCUACCCAGAGUCCCAGCAUGUACCCCUCGGCCAGCAUAUGCUUGGUUUUGCUAUGAAGUCUGUUACACAGAUGGUAAUGGGUAGUACAUUUGAAGAUGACCAGGAAGUCAUUCACUUCCAGAAGAAUCAUGGCAUGGUUUGGUCUGAGAUUGGCAAAGGCUUUUUAGAUGGAUCGCUUGAUAAAAGUACAACUCGGAAAAAACAAUAUGAAGAUGCCCUUAGACAACUGGAAUCUAUUUUAAAGAAAAUCAUAAAAGAACGAAAAGGAGGAAACUUCGGUCAACAUAUUUUCAUUGACUCCUUAGUACAUGGGAACCUUAAUGACCAACAGAUCCUUGAAGACAGUAUGAUAUUUUCUCUGGCCAGUUGUGUAAUAACUGCAAAAUUGUGCACCUGGGCAAUCUGUUUUUUAACCACCUUUGAAGAGGUUCAGAAAAAACUUUAUGAAGAGAUAGACCAAGUUUUGGGGAAGGAUCCUAUUACUCCAGAGAAAAUCGAGCAGCUCAGAUAUUGUCGGCAAGUACUUUGUGAAACUGUUCGGACUGCCAAACUGACCCCAGUUUCUGCCCGCCUUCAAGAUGUUGAAGGAAAGAUUGACAAAUUUAUUAUUCCUAGAGAGACCCUUGUUCUUUAUGCUCUUGGUGUGGUACUUCAGGAUCCCAGUACUUGGCCAUCACCACACAAAUUUGAUCCAGACCGGUUUGAUGAUGAAUCGAUGAUGAAAACUUUCUCCUUGCUUGGAUUCUCAGGCGCACAGGAAUGCCCAGAAUUGAGGUUUGCAUAUAUGGUGACCACAGUACUUCUGAGUGUAUUGGUGAGGAGGCUGCACCUACUUUCUGUGGAGGGACAACUUAUUGAAACCAAGUAUGAACUGGUAACAUCACCCAAGGAAGAAGCUUGGAUCACUGUCUCAAAGAGAUAUUAAAAUUUUAUACAUUUAACUUUCUUGAGGAUAUUGAUGGUUUAAAAAGUUUAUAUUGAAUCCUUUUAUAAAUCAAGUAAUACUAUGGAAUAUAAAUACCUACUAGUACUUCAUUAUGUAAAUUUGGGUUUUUGCAUGUCAGACUUAAUGCAUUAAAUACAUUCAUACUUAUUGCAUCAAUAUAAUGAUAAUUUUAACAGGAAGCUCUCUGUUUUAAUUUUUGUUUUAUCACGUUCUUUUUUUGUUGUAUUUUGGUUUUUGUUUUAUCACUUUCUAUGCCAUUAUCUUCAUUUUAUUUUUCUUAGUUUGAUCUCUAGUAUUCUUGAAGAGAGACAUUAUUUUCCACACUUUGGGGAAUCAUGUUUUCUGAAUAUUCAUAAAAGGGAAACAUAAUCCUAACUUCUUUUCAUACUUUAAAUCACUUCAAAGGGGGAAAACAAGGACUUCCCAUGAUUUUAUUUCUUGGGUAAUUUUAUUUCUUGGACUAAUAUUUUUAUUUUCUAAAUAUAAAUUAGCUUAUGUUUAAUCAUUGUUAUUAGGUUGAAUAACCCACCUUGUAUUUGCUUACUUUGAUGCCUCCCAGAUAAUAGUGUUCAUUUCAUGACUUAUACAAGGCUCAUCAUUUUAAAUGGUUCUGAGUCAUUUGGAAAUGACUGAAUGUGUUUUGAAGUGCUCCUUCUAAGUAACAAACUAAAAUUGAGGCUUGUCUUUCCUUCUGUUUUGCUGCAAAUUUUAGUAGCACUAUAUUACUUCACCAAUUCUCAUUGUGGGACAAACUGAAUUCCUAAUUUGUUACUAUUAUGUCAUAUUAUGUCACAUAAUGAACUUAAUGAUUAAGAAACAAGAAAGCACUAACCACAAACCAAAACCAAAUUAAAAAAAAAAUUGCAAAAUAUAUGACAAGGAUGAUAUCCAUAUGAUAUAUAAAUAGUUUGAAUAAAUUGGUAAGAAAACAUAAUAGAUAAAUGGCCAAAAGACAUGAAUAAACAACUUUUAGAAGGGGAAAUAGCUAUUCAACUUUUAGAAAAAAGGGUCAGCCUCACUAAUAAGCAAAGAAAUAUUGGGGCUAUUUAAAAAAUAUUUUUAACUGUCUUUGAAAAUUUACACUGAGUACUGAUAAGUUUUAUAUUUAAUACUUUUUUUAUUGAUAGCACUGUAGUUUAGUUCACUUUUUUUGGUUACAUUGUUCUUGAAAAAAAAUUUUUUUUUAAGACAACAACUUGAGGAAAUGCCAAGUGCAGAUAGAGAGGAAAGGAAGAAAAAUGAUAACUGCAAGUGGGUUUAUUUUUGACACUGCUGAAUUCCUCUUGUAAUUUUAGUUUCAAGGGCUCUUCCACACUUUGUACCCUAGUUAUUGAGUUAUUUUAUGCUGUGUUUAUGGUCAGAUAGCUAACAUUUUAGAACUAGUUAGGAGUGAUUAAGACAGAAUUUAAGUAAUUAGAUGCAGCUUUUAUUUCUGACAAAAAUAUUUAAUUUAUGGAAUAAUUUAAAUUCUAAAACUGUAAGUGAAAUGUAUUCUUAGUUCCCAGCAUCACGUUGUUUCCAAAAAGGCACACUGUUAAAUUCCCUCCCAUCAUUUUGUAUGGUUUUGUGGAUAUAGAGCAUCUUCCUUUGUUAUCCAAGUACCUUAACUGGUUUGGAAACUGGCAGUGGAAAGUUAGGAGUAGGCACUUGAUAUGUAAACCAAGUGUCAGUAAAAUCAGAUGAGAUAAGUGGAAUUUUAAAGCAAGUGAGACCUGAUCAGCAAUGAUCAAGGCAAAAACAGGGCAGCUGAGCCAGAGAGUGAGAGAAUUGGCAUAUUGCCAAUAUAUGAGCCAAUGUAUAAUUACUAAUAAUGAUUUGAAUUGAGGAAAAUAAGAGAAUCAGCUAAAUAAGCACGUUUUAUCCAUGGUUACGUGACCAAUUUAAAACAUUACACAUAAAUUAUCUUCUAGAGGAUUUUUUAAAAAUAAAAAUACUGUCAGUCCAUUCACUGUUGUUCUUACUUGGCCCUUAGUGUUUAUCAAAUGACUGGAAUUGAAGUAGCCUCAGUGUCACUAAUGGCUUGUAGCUUGACUGUAAGCAGGACUCUUAAAUUCUGUAGCUUUUUGGGUUUUUUAAAACUAUUUCUUACCUGAUUUUGAUCUGCAUUCUUUUCAACUGUUGAAAAGUUUACUGUUAAAAACACCAGCGCAGGGCACCUGGGUGGGUCAGGCGGUUAAGUGUUUGGCUCUUGAUUUCAGCUCAGCUUGUGAUCUCAGGGUUAUGAGAUUGAGCCCUGGGUCAGGCUCUGCGCCAGGUGUGGAGCCUGCUUAAGAUUCUCUCUCUUCCUUUCCUCCUCCGCCCCCUUGCCAUGUCUUAAAAAAAAACACACAUUUUUUUAUGGAAAGAAAGGGCUCUUCCACACUUUGUGCUAAUAAAAUUCAAGGCAGAAUUGAUUCUGUGCAUGUGUUUGGGAAAAAUGAAAAACUCAUGUGCUGUUUUAUCUAGCUCAUAAAUGUGCAGUUCCAUUUUCUUAUAUAAGUAGAUUCUAUCUUAUUUAUAGACCCUAUGUAAAAAUUUGUUUGUCUUCUUUAUCUUAAAAUAGUUUAUAUUUUAAAAACAAAAUGUUCUAUUUUUUGUCAUGAAAAUUAUAUAGGCUUGCUGUAGAAAAAUCUUGGAAAUACAGAAACACAGAAAUAGGAAAUUUGGUCACCUGUAGUCCCACUACUUGGAGUUAGUCAUAAACUUCUGGGGUAGAUGCUUCUACUCUCUUUUAUAUCCACUUGUAAUUUUUACAGACAUACUAUAUAUAAUAUUCUCUUCAUGUAAUAUCUGAUGAACUAGUAGUGUUUUCUACAAUUGAAACGUUAAUAUUCUCACUCAGAACAUAAGCACAGAUUUUCAUCAUUCUUUUUCUCUCCUCUUUCCCUUUGUGGGUAUUGUUAUUCUUCUCAACUUUAAGAUUCUAUUUAUUUAUUUAUCUGUCAAAGAGAGAGAGAGCGAGCACAAGCAGGGGAGCAGCAGGUAGAGGGAGAAGCAGGCUCCCUGCUGAGCAAGGGCCCUGACGUGGGACUUGAUGGGAAUCAUGACCUGAGCUGGAAGCAGACAUUUAACCGACUGAGCCACCCAGGCAUCCCUAUUCUUUUCAACUUUAAAAAUGGCUUUACUUCUUC